UCAGUCUAUCUAUUUGUUACCAGACUGGGUGAAUCUCACCCUUCUUCUCACAUCCUGAUUAGUCCCUUGCUCCUAGGUUUGGGGCAUGUCCCAGUCCAAAAUAGGGGUAGUGACCACAAGGACACAGUAUUACAGGAAGCCUGUGGAUUUGUUUUUAACAAGAGGAUUCUAAAAACAAGAGGAAAUAUGUAAAAAAAAAAAAAUCCAUCUUACUUGGAUUACUAUUUAUUUUCAAUUUUCAUGCCAAGAUACUGCACCUGCUCUACUGCUGAGUGUCAAUCUGCUCAUCACCUGGAUUCCUGCCAUUCAAAGACAGAGAGCAUUGGUAUGGCACUAUAGACAAACUACUCCAGUAAUGGCUGGGAGUCCAGUGGUGACCUUCCCAGCUCUGGGCUAGUGCCCUACAGAGCACUAGGGGUCAGAACACACACACACACACACACACACACACACACACACACACACACACACACACACACACACACACUUCCCUCCCUCACACUCUUCCACACACACAAACUCCCUCACUUCCAACCCUCCACUCCUCAUCUGUGGUGUCUGACUAGAUAGAAGCCCUGUAGGAGAAUGGCAACUCACAGAAACUCUAGUUUUCUCAUCAACCUCUCCCACCACCCACGAUGGACACAAGAUCCCUCAAUGAGGGAGAGAAGGAGACAAAGAAGGACAGAGGAUACAGACCCAUUGAACAGUACAACCCCCACAUCUAAAUCUGCAGUGCUACGCUCCAGAAGCUGGUGGGGCAACUGGCUUAUGUUGCCCCUGCUGAUGGCCACCUAUCUACCGUGUGAGGCCUGGGGCGCCACUUUCACUGUGGCCGUAGUUGGGCCCUGGACAUGUGACCCUAUGUACUCCAAAGCCCUCCCUGACCUGGCUGCCCGCCUGGCCACCGCCCGCCUCAACAAGGACCCCUACACUAAGAAAGGCUACUGGUACGACUAUACUCUGGUCAAGGAGGACUGUAAAACAUCCCGCGCUCUGGCCCGCUUCACCUCUCUGGAAGGCUAUGGCUCAGCUUUUCUCGGCCCUACUAACCCAGGCUACUGCUCUUCGGCUGCCCUGUUUGCGAAAAACUGGAAUAAGCCCCUUCUUUCCUGGGGCUGCCUGAAACCCAACAUGGAGGAUGGACAGUAUCCCACCUUUCAUCGGCCACUGCCUCUGUCCUCCCGGGUUCUGUUUUCUAUGCUGCGGUACUUCCGCUGGGCCCAUGUAGUCAUCGUGACGUCAGAGGAUGACCUGUGGGAGGCUACGGGACACGAACUGGCGGCCUCUCUGAGGGCCCUGGGCCUGCCGGUCAGCACUGUGGUCACCAUGGAGCCUGACAAAGAUGGGCCCACAAAAGCCUUGAAAAGGAUACGGGAGUUAGACCGUGUCAGAGUGGUCAUCAUGUGUAUGCACUCAGCUUUGAUCGGUGGUGUGGCCCAGUAUCAGCUCCUAACCUCUGCCUUGAAUAUACGCAUGAUAGAUCGCGGCUACGUUUUUAUCCCCUACGACACCCUCACAUACUCACUGCCCAAGGGCACAAACUUUAAUACCCUGACCAAUGACAGCUUGUUGAGAAAAGCCUACGACGCAGUUCUCACAAUCACCAUGGAUUCUGGCGAGAAUACUUUCUAUCAGCGCUUCAAAGAUGCUCAGGAGAAAUUUGAGAUUCGCACCAGCACUCCACCAGAGCAGGUGUCCCCAUUUUUCGGCACCAUCUACAACAUGAUAUAUUACAUGGCCUAUGCAGUAGAGAAGAGUCGGAUGGCAGCGGGGCGCUGGGUGGAUGGGGAAACCAUGCUCGAGAGCGAUGGAGGGGUCAAAUUUGAGGGCUUCAACCAGCACAUCUCAUCCGACAAAGAUGGGUUGGGGAUGCUGGCUCGCUACGUGGUCCUGGACUCAGACGGGGGAGACAAACUCUACAUGACACACACUCUGGAGGCCCCCCACACCCUUGGCAAAUUUGGGGCGGUCAAGUACAAUGGGCGCUCCAUCCACUUUGCAGGCAGUAGCCCCAGCACAGACUCCCGUUGCUGGUUCAGUCCAUACAUCACCUGCGGUGGGGGAAUGGAUGCGGGUACUAUUCUCUUUCUGUUUGUCCUGUUCUGUGGGUUGGUUGGAGGUGGAGCUGCCUUCUAUAUGAAGAGAGGUGGCCAGAUUGGAAUCAGCUUUGGAGGAUCAGGGGAAGGAGAAGGGUCCUUAAAAGUAGUCUUGAAUCUGAAUGACCUGAUUUUCAUCAAUACCCAGACCAGCACAAGGAAGCUGAAUGAGGACAGUAUGAUGAAGAGUCAGCUGGAUGAGAAGACGCCUCGCCACUCAGUGUCAGGACGCAGCUACUUUGCCUCCACCCCUGACAGCUCUAACGUCGCCGUCUUCGAGGGUGACUGGGUGUGGUUGAAGAGAUGUCCCAAUGGAAACACUGUGUCUAGUGUCAGUAAUAGCACAAAAACUAUUUUCACCAAGCUCAGGGACAUGCGGCAUGAGAAUCUCAACCUGUUCCUUGGCCUGUUCCUAGACUCAGGGAUAUUUGGUAUUGUGACAGAGCACUGUACCAGGGGCAGCUUGGAGGACCUUCUCAACAACGAGGAAAUGCGUCUCGACUGGAUGUUCAAGUCCUCCCUGUUGAUGGAUCUGGUCAGGGGAAUGAAGUACCUGCACAACCGGGAUGUCAUCCACGGGCGCCUGAAGUCCCGAAACUGUGUGGUGGACGGACGCUUUGUGCUAAAGGUGACUGAGUACGGCUUCAACGAGAUCUUAUCCACCCAGAGCAUCAACUUUGACAAAGGCAGGCCUGAGGAUCAGCUGUGGUUGGCUCCAGAGCUGUUAAGGAACUCCAAGCUGAUGAAGAGAGGAACGUUCCAAGGAGACGUCUACAGCUUCGCCAUCAUUAUGCAGGAGGUCAUCGCACGCUGUGCUCCCUUCUGCAUGCUGGACAUGCCUCCCAAGGAGAUCCUCAGUAAGUUGAUAUCCCCCCCACCACUGUGUCGGCCCACUGUGUCAGCGGAUGAGGCUCCACUAGAGGUGAUCCAGGUCAUGAAACAGGCCUGGAGUGAGGAGCCAGACAAGAGACCCACCUUCGAGGAGAUAUUCAAGCAGUUCAAGAGUAUAACCAAGGGGAAGAAGACCAACAUCAUAGACUCAAUGCUGCGUAUGUUGGAGCAGUACUCUACUAACCUUGAGGACCUGAUUCGGGAGAGGACAGAGGAGCUGGAGGUGGAGAGGAAAAAGACUGAUCAGCUGCUGGCCCAGAUGUUGCCCAGGUCUGUGUGCCUGGCCCUGAAGACGGGAAAGCCUGUGAAACCAGAGCACUUCUCUGAGGUCACUCUGUACUUCAGUGACAUUGUGGGCUUCACUACCAUCUCUGCACUCAGCGAGCCCAUUGAAGUGGUAGAUUUACUCAAUGAUCUCUACACACUCUUUGAUGCCAUCAUCGGACAGCAUGAUGUCUACAAGGUGGAGACCAUCGGAGAUGCCUACAUGGUAGCCUCUGGAGUUCCAAACCGGAACGGUAGACGCCACGCAGCUGAGAUGUCCAACAUGUCCCUGGACAUCCUCCACUGUAUUGGAACCUUCAAGAUGAGGCACAUGCCUGAUGUCAAGGUCAAGAUUCGUAUCGGCCUUCACUCUGGCCCUGUGGUGGCAGGAGUGGUGGGUCUGACGAUGCCUCGGUACUGUCUGUUCGGAGACACUGUCAACACGGCUUCUCGAAUGGAGUCAACAGGAUUGCCUUACAGAAUCCAUGUCAACCAGAGCACAGUCGAUAUCCUACAUGAACUGAAAAUGGGCUACAAAAUAGACACCAGGGGCAUGACAGAGCUGAAGGGGAAGGGAAUUGAAAACACAUUUUGGUUGGUUGGGAGAGCUGGGUUCGACAAGAUUCUCCCAAGACCGCCUGACCUUACUCCAGGGGCAAGUAACCAUGGCAUCAGUUUGGAAGAGAUUCCUCCAGAUAGGAAACAGAAAUUCCUUGACCGGCAGGCGAGGAAUAAGUAGCCUGUAAGAUUGUGUUGCCCAGUCCUCCUACCUGUUGGAGUGAAAGACCAGAUAGGUGAAUUGACCAGGUUGGUUGAGAGGAUGGGUUAGGGGUGUGUCUGACAGACAGUCUGUCGCAUCACCCCAUGUGUCCUGUCGAGUGCUGAUCCACAUUGCACAAAUAAGCCAAAGUCGGAGAGACACUGUCUGUCUUUAACACAAUACAUUUGUUUGCACAGAGCAAAGAUGAGUUAAAAUAAGAUUAUUUCUUAAAUUGAGCAAAUGUGGGAAAUAGGAGGGAUAAAUAAAGGUGUAUUACAAUCAUGCACAAAAUACCAAAUAUAUUGAUUUAGGAGUCACUGUAGAAUGAAAACAUCACAACACAAACAUGGGAAGAGAUUGGCUCUUUGCUUGAAAUAAACUAUAAAUGACCAUGAUAUUGUGUGUAAUAUACUGUAUGUAUCUCUACGGUCUCUUUUGCUUUGUAGAAAUAUUUGACAGAGUAUAGAAAAGUGUUCAUACUCCACUAUAUAACAAGGGUAUAUUUAAGCAAUAAGGCAUGAGAGGGUGUGGUAUAUGACCAAGAAACCACUGCUAAGGGCUGUUCGUCAGCACGACGCAACGCAGAGUGGCUGGAUACAACCCUUAGCCAUGGUAUUUUGGCCAUAUACCACAAACCCCAGAGGUGCCUUAUUGCUAUCAUAAAAUGGUUACCAAUGUAAUUAGAGGAAUAAAAAUAAAAGUUUUGUCAUACCUGUGGUAUACGGUCUGAUAUAACACGGCUGUCAGCCAAUCAGCAUUCAGGGUUCGAACCACCCAGUUUAUAAUAAAACGUAGCACAUGCUCUGUUUCAAAUGUGGUACUGUAAUCUCUCUCAAUGAUACAUUCAUCUUAGAAGUAAUGUAUUUCCUUAAAGGUAUAUAAGGUAGGCUGUGGAAGAAUCUGGUCCAAUGCGUUUUUUAAAUGUCCUUAUUGUCAUGCUUCAAUAAUUAACGCCUUCUGAUUGUUUGAAUGAUAUUUGAAAAUUAUCACCCAUUAGAAAAUAGUCAUUUAUAUUUUUUAAAACAUUUGCCAGCUGGAACAUUAAUUGAAUCAUUUUCAAAUAAAAUAAAUGUAUUGCAAAAUCACUGUUCCCAAAAUGAAGCUUCACGUAAACAGAUUAUUAGUAAAAACGUUCACUCAUACAUUUAUCUCUAUAGAGAUACAACUAUUUCUAUGCCCCUCUCUUUAAAAUCAUGCUUCAUUCAUGUUAUUACUGUAUUUAUUUUCUUAUUCAAUAAAAUUCACAUGUAUAGGCAGUAUAUCACACUUUUCAUGUUAUUACUGUAUUUAUUUUCUUAUUCAAUAAAAUUCACAUGUAUAGGCAGUAUAUCACACAUUUUUUUUUAACUGUAAAUUUGUUUUAACAAUAUGCAUUUUCUUACAACAAAGAAAUAAACUGAGCAAUGGGUUGAAUAAAUGUUCCAAUGGGAAACAUUUAGAUGAAAAAAAUUAGACCAAAUUGUAAACUUUUCAGGCUACAAACUCAUACCAACAGCAUACCACCCUGCAUUCCACUGCUGGCUUACCUCUGACGCUAAACAGGGUCUGUUUUGGUUGGUCCUUGGGUGGGUGAUUAGAUGCUGCUGGUAGUGGUGUUGGAGGGCCAGUAGGGGGCACUCUGGUCUAACAGAAAUCCCAAUGCCCCAGGCCAGUGAAGGGGACAUUGCCCUGUGUAGGGUGCUGUCUUUCAGAUGGGAUGUUAAAUGGGUAUCCUGACUUAUUUGUCAUUAAAGAAUCCCAUGGCACUUAUUGUACGAGUAGGCCCCAUUCCAUCAUGGCCACCUAAUCAUUCCCCUAAUUGGCACAAAUCAAACCGCACCUUUCCAGCUGAUGUGUGGUGAGUGUUCUAGAGCACAAAAUGGUUGUAGUGCUUCACCCAGGUGGGUUGGUGGUGGAUGAUGUGAGUUUCUCCCUUGCUUUGAGUACCUCAGUUGCUAGAUAAGUGCUAUAUAAAGCCAAUCAACUACAAACUCAAUUCUUAUAGGGUUUGGUCAACAGCAUGUUGCCUUUUACUCAAGCUAUUUUCUGCUCUAUGAAUUGGUUCAAAUAUUACAUUUAAGUAACGUAAAAUGUUGGGGGAAAAUAAUGCCAGCACUCUUUUUGAUUUCUACAUAUUCUACACCUUUGAGUGAUAGGGGACUGCUUACAAUGUGCAUAAACCACGGUAUAUGGCUACCCAUCUACAUCGCUCCGGCCACAUGUUAUGCCCACUAACGUUUCUUCUCCAUGAUGAGUCAGGAUUUGCCUCCCUCCUCGACAACUUCUGGAAUGCGAACACAUUCUGACUGUUCUGAUUGAUCUCAAAACCCGAUGGGUUUGUGAUUAAACGGUGGGUUGGGCCAGAGCGGGCCUACAUGAUGACGAUAUCGACUUUGAUACUCUGACUGGUUAGAUUUGUUAGAGACAAUCCAAUCGCUGAUGAAUUUGUUUUGUUACGACGCCCCUCGUUUUGACGUAACACCAACAACUUCUAUGAUAGCAGAUUCAUACUAAAUGUAUGUAGCGUUUAAUAGAGCAGUGGAAUUCAAUUCAAGAUGGGUCACCAGGCAAAAAGUAAACACCAGCUUGUCCUGUACAUGGUUCCUAUUAGGAAUGAACUUAUUCAAACAAUGAGCUACAUGUGUUUGGUCUAACAUAUACAGACUUUGUCUAUUAAACCCAAAAAGCAAUGUUUAGUUUGGCAUUAUGAUGACUGAAUUGUACAUCUUGAUGUGUGGUCUUAUGUGUGCUUGUGUAAAUAAAUAAUGGUUUUAGUGUUGUUUUAUGUCUAAAUGUACUUUUGGUUUUUACAUACAACACUUUUACAUACAACACAUAACAUGACCUCAUUACCAACUGCACAUAUGAACAUGGACAGAAAUCCUUGAGCUUGAUCCCCUUGGUUGAUGGUUUCAGGAUUGAGAGAAAAUCUUAGCGUUUAAUUGAAUGUUCAUAGUAUUGUGAAU